UGUAACUUUGACACCAGCCUUGGUUAACAUUCAACAUUAUCAUACAAAGGGAGAGGAAAACGAUCGUGGGAAACUGCAAAAACAAAAAUGGAGAACACCUUGGUGUCCUUCCAGAUGAGCUGCAAGAGUAUGAACGCCUCAGAGUACGAAUAUUUUUAUGAAAUGGAAAACAAUGAAACCUUUUGUGAGAAUGAUACCAGUUCAGUCUUUCCUGGAGGAUCCAUGGUCUUACCGGUUCUUUACUACAUGCUGUUUUGCAUCGGUCUGUUGGGCAACUGCACGGUCCUGUGGGUUCUCCUCCGUCACAUAAAGUUGAGAACGAUGACCGAUGUGUUUCUCCUCAACCUGGUCCUGUCUGAUCUUUUAAUGGCUGUGACUCUUCCCGUCUGGGCCCACACAUCCCAGAACCUCGUAUCAUGCAAGCUGAUUACAGGAGUCUAUCAGUUAGGAUUCUACAGCGGGACUUUGUUUGUGACCCUGAUGAGCGUGGACCGUUAUCUGGCCAUCGUCCACGCUGUGGCAGCCAUGCGAGCCCGGACACUUUGCUAUGGAAUUGUGGCCAGCAUCAUCAUCUGGGUUAUAUCUAUAAUCAUGGCAGUCCCUCAGGUGGUAUUUGCCUCCUUGGAGCUUGAUGAAAACAAUGACUGCCAGCCUCACUACCCAGACGAAACCCUGGAUUUUUGGAAAAAGCAACGAAACUUCAGCGAGAACACGGUGGGCCUUUUCGUGUGCCUCCCCAUCAUGAUUUUCUGCUACGUGAAAAUCCUUGUGGUGCUGUCCAGGUGCAGGAACUCCAAAAAGAACAAGGCAGUCAAGCUGAUAUUCACAGUGGUGUUUGUGUUCGUGGUGUGCUGGGUCCCCUACAACAUCGUAGUUUUCCUUCAGACUCUGCAGCUGUUUGGAAUCCUGAACACCUGCAACUCCUCAAACAACAUCAGCUGGGCCAUGAGCAUUGCUGAGAUUGUUGCGCUGUCUCACUGCUGCAUAAAUCCAGUGAUCUACGCGUUUAUGGGAGAGAAGUUUAGGAAAUCACUGAACAGAGCGCUGGUAAAACACUUCCACUUAAAGCCUUUCCCCAGCACUCUCAGCCAGAAAGACACAGACAAUGAGACUUCUAACACAGCAGUAAAAUCAGAAAAUUAAAAUGGGGUCAUCUUUGCGAAGGUGGGUGCAAAUGCAGAAGUUUUUUUGAAAUCUUUACAUAUAUUUUUCCAUUUUAGCUGAAAGACAAUAAACAUGAAUUAUCUGUACAUAACUGUGGUAAUUGUGGUGAUGAGGUUACAACACGUGUGGUUUAUGUUGUUCAAAUUAUUAAUUCACCUUUUAGAGUAAAAAAGUUUACUGCUCUGAUUAAUGGUGUUCAAGUUCAAUCCAUUUAAGACUAAGCUGCAGGAUUGAGGCCCUGGAUAGCUAGGUGGGUUAAGCGGGCUAUAGUCCUCGUGCGGACAGUGCAGGUUCGGGUCCCGGCCCGUCGCUCUAUACUGCAAUCUCCAUCAGCCACCCCCCCCCCCCUCUUUACCUGUUACCUGUCUGCCGACUUUCUCAAUAAAGGCCACUAGUGCCACAAAAACCUUAACCUUAGAUGAAGCAACUACUGUAUUGAUGUGUUACAAAAUUAAAAUCAAU